AUGAAGCAAGUCGAGAAUUAUCUAAAGGAAAUCCAAGAGAAGGCAGAGAUCUUGAACCAGAAGCAUGGCCUUCAAUAUUAUUGCAUCUUCUAUGAUUCAAAUGGUGUAUUUAAAAGAGAGCUUAUGUCAUCGGAAUGCAGACAGAAUGUGCCUUUAACCGAUAGUACGCCUGAUCAGGCAACGGAGCCAGAUCCAACCUUCUUUUCUCCACACAGCAGUCCUGUUAAGAUGAUAGUCGUCAACACAAGCAGCCAGCAUGAAGUAAACAACUAUCUCUUCAACUGCUUUGAAGAAUUUCAGCAGAUUCCAUGCAAAAUCCUUGCAAAGCAAUGGAUCAAGAUUAUCGAACCACGAAAGCAAUCACGUCAUCCAUAUAAUCAAGGAGAUAAGGCCAAACCGUAUUGGUGGCCCAUAUCAGCUCGCCAUAAAGAGCCGGACCAUUUGAAAAAAGAUGAGAGAAUCAGUCUAUUGAUCAGCAUUCUCAAAAAGUUCAAAGAGAGAGAGAACGAGUUGAUAAACAGUGCUGAGCGCAUAGGUGAUGUUACCAUAUCAGGAGCUGAAAUCAAGCGGGUGGGACCCAUAACGAUUAGAAAAAUGAAGAUUUUGAGGGAUAUGUUUCGGGUGGUGAAAGCUGAUGGUUCGUGUUUGGAGGUUAUUAAGCCCGGAAAGAAGUACUCAAGCAAGGUUUAUCAAAGAAACAGAAUGAAACUGGAAAAGAAAUACCCCCAGAAUACCCUACUUUCGAAGCUCAUUAAAGCACACACUCCUAAAAAUGGAUCCUCCAGCUUCUUUCCAACGUCUUCAUCGGAUCCUUCUAAUUUCCUACUCCCUAUUCCUGGACAAGAAACGCAAGAUCCAUUCAAAUAUCCGUUCAUCACUCCAAGUAGAACAAUUAACACAUCGCACAAUAUCUUAUCCUCGCCUUUUACACUAGUGCCACAUACACCGCCGCAAAUUCACGCAUCUGCAUCUUUCAAUAAGCAAAUUGAUCCAAAGAUCUUUGCCAACGAGAACACGAGUACGCUCUCUCCUUUGGAUAAGUUCAAAACACCAAGCAGGUCGCAAACUUCUACGCAUGAUUUACCGCUAAGCGUUCUUAAUGCAUCUGUUUUUAAUACAAUGUCCAAUUCACAGUCCCAGAUAAAGCACGCCUUUAAUGAGGCACCCGAUAGUGAAGACACAAUAAGUCAAAUGUCUGAUUAG